ACAUCGUAUCAGUAUCAGUACAAGUAUCUUAUUACCAAGUCGUGGACCUAAAGAAAAAAACUAAUCUAAUUUAUUUAAAAUCGAUGCAACCAUGCAAGUAGUUGCAGUAUUUCUCUGUCUAUUAGUGACUCUAAGUCAUGUAAAGGCAGAAUCAGAGACAGACCUUAAAGAUAAAGUGACAGUUGUGACCGGCGCUGCUAGAGGCAUCGGUCGCGCCAUCGCUGAUAACCUAUUAAAGGAAGGAGUAAGUGUCGUGAUCAUUGUCGACAAAAAUCUAACACAAGGACUAGUAACGAAAAAUGAAUUAAAAUCCACUUAUGGUGCAGAAAAGGUCUGGUUUAUCCAUGGUAAUGUAAUCACUGACUUGGACAGAGUAUUUAAAAAAAUAUACAAGAGAUAUGACUACGUCCAUAUCCUGGUAAACAACGCAGGAAUAUUAGACGAAGAUGAUCCAGUGGGAACGUAUAUGACCAAUACGGUGGCUCCAGUGCUAUGGUCACAGAAGUUUUACGACGUCAUGAGGAAAGACAAAGGAGGUAGAGGAGGAAUCAUAUUAAACAUGGCAUCUGUCGUGAGCUAUCUGAAGGACCCAUUCUUUUGGUUUUAUACAUCUUCAAAAUACGGAAUACUCGGUUUAAGUGUGGGUUUGGGUCACGAGUGGAACUAUCUGACUAGUGAAGUGAAGGUUUUAGCUUUGUGUCCUCUUUUCACCUACACAGACAUGACUAAGCAGCAGAUGGUUGUUGACGAGCAAGUGGAAAUCUUUGCUAAAUUUAAAGAAGCUCUGUCCUGGCAAACGCCAGAUGCAGUUGGAGAAGCUGCCAUAACGAUAUGCAAGACUGGCGAGACUGGCACGGCGUAUAGUAUUCAAGGCGGGGUGUUGUCUGUGUCUCCAUACGGCCAAGAUAUAACCUUAGAAUUUUUGCUUAACCUGCAACAAGGUGAUAAUCAUACCGUUAAUGCAUUUGAUAGCAAAUAAAAUAAUUGUUCGAAUGUAAUAAAACUGUAAUGACUAUAAUAUCGAUAUUGUUAUCAUUUUUCUAUAUUUAUAUUUGUCAAUGAUACAAGCAAGUCCUUAAGCCAAGUUUGUGAUUUAACAGAAGCGUUGCUUUAUACAUAAUUUAUAAUAUCUUGACUUACGAAUGUCACAUUCUACUAAUCACUCGUAUUGACAAGGUAUUAUUUUAAUGUUUUCAAAAUUUAUAAAUAUAACCAUGCAAUUUAAAUUGAC